AUGGACUUCGUGAGACCUGUCUUCAAUGUCUCCAGGGUUGCAUCUACAGACCCCGCGGCGAUACACACUCUCACGGAUCUGAUCGACUUCAAUGCCCAAAGCAAUCCUCAUCAUGUUUUCGCAAUGCAGGAAGUGUGCCAAAACGGAAAACAUAUUGAACUGGUCUCAGUGACUUUUCAAAAGCUCAAACAAGCUGCCAUGUCGUGGGCCCAUCGGAUACAAGGCUCUCUUCCCUGUCUGUCGUCGAGCACUAGCAGACGGCCAGUUGCAUUAUUCCUGGAAAGCGAUAUCAACCUAUUUAUCCACCUGGCCGGAUCGAUGCUCAUGCAUUCUCCGGUUCUGGUUCUGUCCAUUCGCCUGAGCCCGACUGCGAUUUCACACUUGAUUAAGUCGACAUCAGCACGCGCUGUUGUCGUCUCGUCUCGAACCGAGCCCAUCGUCGCUCAAGCUCUAGGGGAAUUACCAAUCAAGUGUCGAACGGAAUUGCAGAUCCUGCACAGUGUCCCCUUUCUGGAACUUUUAAACGCGGAGUCCGCCAACGGUGGAUUGACAAUCGAAAAGAAGCCCUCGUGUGAUACUGAGACGGCAGUGAUUCUUCACUCAUCAGGGACCACGGGCCUACCAAAGCCGAUUCGGUUGGCGCACCGAUACCUGCUCGGAUACGCUGCCUGUCAUCGCCUGCUUUCCGAUCAGUGUAUCGGACGGCCUAAUGUAUCCACACUCCCUAUGUAUCAUGGCCUUGGCCUCCUCAGCCCCUGCAUCAGCCUUGCCACGGGGAAGCCGUCCUGCUUUCCAUCAGCAUCCCUUAUUCCAUCGUCACUCUCAAUCCCCAUGCUGAUCGAACAGGCACAAGCAAAAUCGUUGAUAACCGUGCCCAGUAUCCUGGAAGAGGUGAAGACUGACCCACGCUUCUUGCAAUCCAUGGCUGGUUUGGACUUUGUGGCCGUAGGCGGGGGUGCGAUCAAAUCUUCCCUGGGCGAUCUCUUAAUUUCUGCCCGGGUUAACCUUCUCAACCACUACGGUGCCACUGAGAUAGGAGCCAUAGCACCUAUUUUCGUACCCGAGGAGGACUAUGACUGGCAUUAUCUGCGGAUCCGCACCGAUAUGGGCUUGGAAAUUAACGAGGUAGGCCAAGACGACAAUGGAUCGGUGCUGUGCCAACUGACAGGCUAUCCCUUUGGCUGGGGCUGCCCCUUUGUCAUUCGAGAUAUGCUCCGCCUGCGGCCUGGAUCUAAACACAUUGAGGUAGCCAUCGUGGGCCGUAAUGAUGAUCUGCUUGUCUUGUCCACGGGAGAGAAGGUUUUACCCAACCGCUUGGAAGCUACCAUCUCCGAGCAGAAUGGCAUAAAGUCGGCUUUAAUGUUUGGGCAGGAUCGGGAGGAAGUGGGAUUGUUGAUCGAGCCAGAGUCGUCUCUCCACAACGAGGCGGUUGAGGAUUUAGCCGAGAAUAUGAAGCUGGACCGCCAUGCGCGGGUCGCGUCCAGGAACAUGAUUCUCGUGAUUCCAUGCAACAAGAGUUUACCGAGGUCGGAUAAAGGGUCGGUCAUGCGCCAAGAAGCAUACGGACUGUUAGCAGACGAGAUCAAUCUCGCCUACGUCCCUGACAACGUCUUGGCACACAGUUUACCGCCUCUCGAGACAGAACUUGAACAGUUGCUGAGUGGCCUCCGCAAGCUUGUCGAGAAGUGCCUCGAGGACCGCCAGCUGUCGGUCAAGGAUUGGAGCAACUCGGUGGACUGGUUCGAGAUGGGUAUGGACUCACUAGAGGCAACCCGUCUAGCUCGCUGUCUUAAUGCCAUUCCCAAUAAAAAGGUCUUCCUUCCGUUGACCAGCAAUCCUGUUCUGCCGGCGUUCAUUUAUCGAAAUCCGAGUUUUGAUGCCCUCAGUCGGGCAUUGUUAUCAUCGACCAAAAGGUCCGCAACUGCAGACUCGAAACAGAUGCUGGAUCUUGUCUCGAGAUAUGCUGUCAAUGUGACCGGCGGACAAAUCGUCAUGCUUACUGGCGCCAGAGGACAUCUUGGCGCGCAUUUGUUGAAAUGCUUGGUGGGAAAUUCCGGGGUCUCUCGUGUCAUAUGCGUCAGUCGAAGCUAUCAAGGAAAGGAUUUGAGAAAGCGCCAGGAAGAAUCCAACGGAGCACAUGGCAUCCAUCUUUCCGACCAGGCUUGGACCAAAGUCCAGUUCCUGUCUUCCGACCACCUCGACCAGCCGUUUCUGGGGCUGAGGAGAGAGGAGUAUGAGGCCCUGCGCGGGGCCGUCACUCAUAUCAUCCACAAUGCUUGGCCAAUGGACUUCCAACGAACGCUCGAGUCGCUGGAGCCUCAGGUGCAGGCCGUGCAGCGACUGGUAGAACUUGCGGUCGAUAGCCACCGACAACAGGGAGCUUCAACUCUGCCACGACUCCUCUUCACCUCGUCUAUCGCCGUGGGGUCGCAGUAUGCUGGGGGUCGAAUCCUUCCUGAGGCGCCCAUUGCCGAUCCGCUGUCCACCGCUGAUAUCGGCUAUGCUCGGGCAAAAUGGGUCUGCGAGCAAAUUCUGACCGAGGCCGUUCGAACCAGUCCCCAUCCGUCCUUUUUACCGAUGAUCGUCCGCCUAGGACAACUGUCAGGAUCGACCAUCGCCGGGAGUUGGAACCCACAUGAGCAUGUUCCGCUUAUGCUACGAGUGUCACAGCUCGUGGGUGCUUUGCCAGUUCUGGACGGGGUAAGCCAUGUGCCCCUUUGA